UUUAAACAGAGACAAAUGAGAAGAGAACACCAUGCAGGGGAGAGAGAAACAUGCCAUGUUCUUGAAAGUGAUGGAUGGUGUGUGUGUGUGUGUUUGUUUUAUGCGUUUGAGUGUGUGUACACUACUGUAUACAGUUUGCAAGAGAAAGAGAGAGAUGGCAUUUGGACAAAGAUAAAGAAACGGUUGCAAGUUACAGCAACCACCUUCAACAGGAAAUGAUGACUUCCUGUUGCUAAGCGAUAGCACAGCUCUCUCGUAUAGCCUCUCAUCCACUAGACACAGCAGACAACACACAGCCACACACACUCAGUCAUACAGUCUCACCAAAGACGGGCAUUUGGCUGUUCGUCCACCUCAACCAUGAUGACAAGCCAGGAUGGAUUCUCCAGAACGGAAGACGACCUACUACAACCUCCCGAUCAGACUCAUGGCUCAACUUGGAACAGACAGAGACAGAGCUCCCCUGCCCGUAAACUGGGGAUGACCAGAAAAGAGAAGGACACGAGGGACUUUAAAGAGAAUGAGAACCCAGAAGAGAAGGAGAAAAGACAUAAGGAGCAAGAGCUCAAGUCGCUGUAUAAAGAGCUGCUGUACACUAUCACCCACAAGCUGGGGAAGCCAGCCUCGGCAGAGGUCUUCACUGACAACCAGCUGCACCAAUACAUCCGAGAGGCUUUCUCUAUGGCAGUGGAUGAACACCAGAGUCUGACAGAGAGGGUCCAGAACACAGAGCCUCCAAUCUACUGUCUGAUGGCCACUGUGAAGGAAGCCAAGGGCAUCCUGGGAAAAGACGUCAGUGGUUUCAGUGACCCAUACUGCUUACUGACCAUCCUGGAGGAUGAGAAGGAGAGCAAGACACGACGGUCCAGACCUAAACCCCGUAAAGCCAUGGUGAAGGACGCCGUCUCAGACGAGAAGGUUUACACGACAGACACAAAGAAACAGACCCUCAACCCCAUCUGGAACCAGACCUUCGUACUGGAGUUUGAAGACACUGCAGUGGCCAGCUUCCACAUUGAGAUGUGGGACAAGGAUGAGGAGUUGUCUCUGGCACAGAAGCUAGAGGAGAUCCGAACCAAUUUUCAUGGGCUGAGGAGGAUGAUCAAAGAUGCUAAGAAGGAGAAAGGCCAGGAUGAUUACUUGGGAAACAUUGUGCUGAGACUGGAGGACCUGCAUUGUACAGAGGAUAACUGGUAUGUUCUGGAGCCGAGGACAGAGACUUAUCCAGAUCGGGGCCAGUGUCAUCUGCAGCUCAAAUUCAUCCAUAAAGAGAGAGACGGGACAUUGAGUGCUGGUCGUAGUGCUUACGUCAACUACUGUGGGAUCCUACUGCAGUUUGUCCAGUCACACAUCUCUAAGCAGCAGGGUAGUGUUCCAUGGAAGGGGGAGUUGUGUGGGGAGGGACAGACCCUGUUGGACCUCUACGCCACUCAGUGUAACCUCUCACCUUUCCUGCAGGACCUGGCGAAGUGGAUGGCCUACAGUAAACUAUACCAGAGUUUAGAGGUAGAUUCCUCAGUGCUGCUCCAGCAGCUGACCAGUAUAGAGUACCACUGGCACCAGCAGGAUCUGCCCUACCAACAGAAACAGGAGCUAGGGGACUCUCUCCGUGGUUUCCUGCAGUACGGACUGUGUCUCGUGGCCAAAUACAGAGACAUCUUUCCCCCAACGCAGGACGCUACCCCUCGCUUACACAGACUGCUCAGGAUCCUGUCUCAGGUCUGUAAGACGCAGGCCUUUCAGAAGCUGAACGCAGCUCAGUUUGACCUACAUGACGAGAUCAACGAGGCUGUGCACUCUGGUACACAGGAGUGGUUCGCCAUAAAGAAAGGGCAACACCAGCCCAUGACCAAGGACCUGACAGAGACCGUGAGUGCUCUCUCUAGACUGAUAGGUGAAGUACAGCAGGACAUCAAGCACAACAAGGACAGCUGGAAUAGAGUGUUUGUCAGUGCUGUGCAGGUGGAUGUGUUCACUGUAGUCUACCAAAAGCUGGACUUCCUGCUGGCGGGGGAGGUGAGACACACUCUAAGCCUGUUGGAGGGUGAGAUGGAGCAGAAUCUAGCCAAUAGCCUGUUCCCUCUCUACCUAAGUCUACAGGUCAUCCACAAAGACAAGGCCUUCCUACAGAAAAGGGGUAAACUGUUGGAGCUGACUAACUUCCAUGAGGGCUUCCGUGAGGCGCUUCCCUAUUGGUUGAACAAGGCCUUCAGCACCACUCAGGACAGGGUGGAGAGAGCUGUACAGGUGGACCAGCUCCAGCCGCUGCAGUCGGGCCCGGUGCCCAUAAAACACAGCUCGUCGGCAGUAGACCUGGUGACCUGUGUCCAGCCCAUCUGUCAGCUGUGGGAGCAGCUCUCCUGGCCAGACCCUGAGGAGGCCUUCAUGCUCAUGGUCAAACUCACUGAGGACGUGUGUAAGAUUGUGAUGAACUACUGUCGUAUCCUGAAGGAGCGGGUCAGGGAGCUGUCUGAGAACUCAGACCCUGGCAGGGCUGUCAACAUGCUGUGCGUAGUAGUGAAUGACUUGGAACACCUGAGGUCAGUGCUGAUCCGCCUGCCCCAGCAACUGAACUGGGCAGGGCUUCGAGAACGUACCCUUCACGUGAUAGGGGACCCUCAGUUCCACAACGUGCUCCCCUCACAGCUGCUGCAUGCACAGGGGGUCCUCAACAAAGAGAUACGCUCUGCCUUAGAGACCGUUGGACGGAAGCUGAAUUCAGACAUUGCGAUGUACGUCCGCAGCAUGUCUACUCGAUGCAGAAUCCCCUCCAAGUCCACGGAAGAGGCUGUGGUUCCCCUGAUAAAAUAUCUAGAGAGAGAACUGCAGUACAUGAAUGAGAACCUAGUCCAAGAGAACUUCAACAGUCUGUUGACUCCGUUGUGGACUAACUCCAUAAGGACCUUAUACCAGGUAGCUACACAGCAGAAGCAGGAGGAUGGACUCAUGGUGUUCUGUCAACGACUGCAAUUCACACUCCAGUGUCUGGAGCAGUGUUUUCAUGCUGAGGGGAAUGGAAUGCCACUGGAUACUCUUCACGUUGACAGCUACAAGAUUCUGAAAGCUCAUCUGACACACAACUCUCUCAACUGCCAGCAGCUCAUAGAGAAAUUUCUGGAUAGAAAAGUAUGGGAGCAGGUUUACAGUGGAGAGAAGUACGGCGCGGUCACACUCCUAGCAUCCUACAGGAGGUCUGACCAUAGACUUAGAGUGGAAGUGUUGAAUGCAGCUAAUCUCCUACCUAUGGACUCCAACGGUUCCAGUGAUCCGUUUGUCCAGUUGCGUCUGGAGCCUGGUCAUGUGUUUUCUGAGGUGGAGCCUCGCACCACCCAGAUCAAGAACUGUGACCUCAACCCCCUGUUCGACGAGGCCUUCGAGUUUCUGGUGUCAGUGGAGCAGUGCCAGGCUGCGGGGGCAUGUCUGGUGGUGACAGUGUUGGACUAUGACACCCUGACAACAGACGACUUCGAGGGGGAGGCCUUCCUGGCUCUGAAGGCAGUGCCGGGGGUCGGAGGGGGAUUAGGGGACAGACAGGGGCACCAGCCAGACCCCUCCCCGGCCCAAAUACGCCUGCCGCUCAUGCACCCCAAACCAAACGAUGACAGUAUCCUGAAGCUGUUGGAGUCGAGGAGAGGAGAGAGGGAGGCUCAGCUGUUUGUGAAGAAACGCAGACAGAGAGAGAAACAGUCACAGGAGGGGAAACAACAAUAACACACAGCUUCAUCCAAAAAUAUACAUUUGUUUUAUUUUUUUAUACCAAAACACACAAAAAUGAAUCACUGUUGGUGGAUGCAGUAGGACAAGGUGUGAACUUUGUGCCAGGUCUAUGUAUAGUAGUAAUCAUGUCUUUUCACUGGUUAUCAACACACCCCUGCUGUUUCCAAAGCCUGACACCUGGUGUAGUCAGUGCAUGUAGCAAGUAUGACAUACAAUAACUAUGUAUAUUUGACAUGAGUUUGACAUACUGUGAAAUAUCAAAAUGCUUACAAAUGUAAAUUAUGCCCCAAAAACAUUAUACAUAGAUUUUUAUAAAAAGAAAAGGCUGGCAUUUGAGUUAACAUGAAGCGCCUUGUUAUUAAAAUGAAAAGUCGGCAUAAUUUCAGACUACACAACUGAAUAGUACAUUUUUCUUGAUUGUGUUAACAUGCUCCCAUCUUUCCGGUUAACAAAGAAUAAUAAUAUUAGACUGCAAACCUGAGUCAGUCACGCACAGAAACUAUCUGUAAGCAACACAGACUGCUGCGUCUAAAUAGUUUAACAUGGCUUUCCUUCCUUAAUCUGCAAUUUCUUUGUAGGCUUCCACCAUAUGUCCUUCCUGUAGUUUCAGAUCAGUGUGAAGGAGACAAGGAGAGGAAGCCCUUUAUACUAUUGAGAUGCAGCCCUAUUCUUCCUCAGACUAUAAGUCUCCUUAGCAAAAACAAUAAUAACUAACGGUAAAAACUAAAACCUUGUACUCCUUCAAAUGGUGGCCCACUUAGGCUGCACCAUGAGAUGGCUGUCUGGAUCAUACAUGCCUUUAACAACUGAGUCAGAUUUGUGGUUUAGCUUGUAAUGGUUAAAGCCAGGUCUGUGGUUAAAGCUGAUCCUGAAUCAUUUCUUAUGGACGGGUAGUGCAUGUAAAAAAAAAAAUCUGAUCUUGAAUCAGUGACUAUAUGGACCGGAGGCUGGUCUUUGGGCUGGUCUUUGAGUAAGGAUACCAUAUCUAUAUAUGGGCUAUAGAUAGUAGAGUUCGGUCAGGAUAACUGAUCUAGGUUCUGUUCUGGGCAAAGGGGGCACUCUGUAGAGCUGGUGCAGCUGUCACACAGUAGACCAUGUCCACAGGGCAGCGAGACCGAUCCCUGCUCUCCACACGUCACACAACAUUGACACUGCUUUCUAUACACCACCUGGAUAAGGGGAAGGAAGAGGGGGAGAGGAGAGGUAAAAGAAAUGUCUGCUGGUUAGUUGGGGAAUGUUUCACAUCAACAAGCAUAGCUGUGUGUAUGUGAGUUUGCAUGUGUAUACUGCAAAUAUCAGUGUGUCUCCUUUACCUGUUCCACAGUGUGUAGACAUGUACAGAGCUGGGCCUGCAAACUGAGAACAGACUCUAGAGGCAGUCUGUGGAGCAGCUGGAGCUGGUGGAGGCCCAAGUGAGGGUUCUCUCCUGUCCUCAUGCUCUCCAGCGCCUCCUGGAGAAGGGAGGUCUGUCUCUUUGCCGCCUCCUCAGCCUGCCUGGCCCGCUCCGCUUCAAGAGCUGACCGACCGGCCGAGCCACGAGACUCCUCUGCAUCAGACUUCAAAACCGCCCACGACUGGAGCGAGAGCGGGAUGUUGAGUAGGGGAGGGUAAUGAGUGAAAAGAGGGAGAGAGCAACAGAGGGAGAAAAGGGGAAGGAAGAGAAGGAAAAUGUUUUAGUCUGACCCAUCUGUUGGUUUAUUUGUGUACACUAACAUGCGCGCACACACACAAACCCACACCUACUCCCACUUCUCGUACCUGUGCUGUAUGUCUCCAGGUGUGGUCCCAGUGUUUCAGUAGUCUGUUAGCAUCGUCUAGUUCCUGUCGGACCCGGGCUGUCUCCAUGCUCUGGCCCAUGGUGGGUAGCAGGGCCGGGGGCGUACCGGGAGAACCCUGGCCUGAUGGGUGCUCCCAGAUACUACUGCUCAUACCAUUCAGACCUGCAAUACAGGAGACAUGGAACACAUGAGACAUGUAUUUAGCUGAGGUGUCUUUGGAAUGUAUGGGAGAAUUAAAGAAUUAUACACAUUUUAAAA